AAGAAUGCACACAAUAAAAAAUACUAUAGCUAUUUAAAGCUUAACAUUUAUGGCAAAUGGACACUUGCUUAGUCCAAAAGAGUUGUUUCCCCAAGAAACACUCCUUCAUUAUAUCCGAGACAACAUCCUUAACAAGACACCCACACUUAUCCACUUACUGUGUAAAUCUUGUUGUGUUCAAUGGGGUUAUUCUCGGGUGAACAGUGUCGUAUUGCAGUUAAAAUCUUGGCCCUUCUUUCAACUUGGGACAGAAAAUUGCCCUUCAGAUUAUCCUCAUUUUCUAUGAACUUUGAGAAGCACAGAUUGGGUUUUCCAGACAACGGCGUUCUUUAUUCAGCAAAAAUUAAUCCAAGUUAAGUCUCUUUCAGUCCACGGAUUGAGAAGGAUCCCUUUCAGGCUUUUGGGCCGUUAAGGAAUCAACUGGUAGCUGAUACCAGGAUUAGGAACAGGAAGGAAUUUUCUGCUCAUUUCAAGGAUGAUUUCCUUGGCAGUGGACUGGCUAAAAAGCCUUGCUCGUCCCUCACACUGUGGGUAUAAAUACAAGAAAAAAGGGGUGCAGUCACUCACAUUUGGAGACUGGGUUCUACAAGUCUUAUAUCUUCAACUCAUCAUGAAGAUUCUUCCCAUCUUCCUCUUCCUUUUGGUCAGCCUUUUGCAGUCACUUGCACAAGAAGAUCUCGACAAAAAGGUGUUCAUCUUCCCAGAGUCGACCAACACUAGCCACGUUCUUUUGAAGCCCAGCCUUCCGCGGCCGUUGACGGCCUUCACCAUCUGCCUGUGGUCUUACACGGACAUGACCCGUGCCCACACCCUCUUCUCUUACGCCACCAAGACCAACGACAACGAGAUCGUCAUCUUCAAAUCCAAACCCAACGAGUACAGCCUUUAUGUCGGAACAUCCGAUGUGCUCUUCAUCUUCCCCGAACACCUGACCGCGAAGCCUUCGUGGGAGCAGAUAUGUAUGAGUUGGGAGUCAGGCACCGGGAUGGUCGAAUUCUGGUUGGACGGGCAACCUUUGCCACGGAACGGCAUGAUGAAAGGGCACCGGAUAAGUCCAGAGGCGUGUAUUGUCCUUGGGCAGGACCAGGAUGCCUUUGGCAGUGGGUUUGAUAUCAACCAAUCCUUUGUUGGGGAGAUACGAGAUGUCUAUAUGUGGGAUCGGGUGCUGUCGGAUAACGAAAUGUGCCUGGUAUGGGGCAAUUCUGUUCCUCCCAGCCCUGUGAUUGACUGGAGGGCACUGAAUUAUAUGAUCAGAGAUUAUGUCGUCCUUAAGCCCUCUCUGCCUUCUGUCUGCAGAGCUGGGUAGACUGCAAGUCAAUCGUUUCAAUCAGGGAGGAGAACAUGUGGCCUUCCGAAUGUUGUUACACCAUAUAUGCAUUAUGCUAUGAAAGAAAAUUGAAAUAAAAAUUAUGUUCCUGGUUUGAAAGUGUUAUUUCCUGUUUAAUUGUACGGCACUUACUUUGAAAGUUGAUGUUAUAAUCUAGAAAUUUUGUCUUUGUGUCUGCCACAAACUAUGAGGGUU